AUGCCAGAAACCACCGGUAUAAGUGACCAAACUAAGAAAGUGCUCAUCGGAGUAGCAGCCGCCGCGACAGUCGCCGGAGUUGGUUAUAUGGCCUAUAAAAGCCUUAGCGGUUCAGAUUUAGAUUCGGACCUAGAAGCCAUCAAAUCCCUGGGAAACUUGAAAUUCAAGGAAAAGAAUUAUGAGGAAGCAAUCAAAGAGUUUACCCGAGGAAUCGAAAAGGCAGGCCCAAACACGAAUAAUACAGUUGUCGCAAUGCUGUAUCAGAAUCGUGCCGCCUGUCGUGAAAAAGUCGGUCACACCUCAUUCGACAUCCUUAAUGACUGCCUAGCAGCACUGAAAGUGGAUAAAAAGUAUGCAAAGGCGUAUUUAAGAGCGGCGAAAGCUCUAAACGAUAUUGGCAAGAAGCAGGACGCUUUGGCUUACCUCCUUGCGGCCUUCACUCUGGACAGCAACUUGAACAAAGCCAACUUCGAGUUCUUCGGGAAACUUUUGACCGUGGAGCCCCUUUCCGACUGCUUUAUUGGAAAACCACUCAAAAUCGAGGAGGUCAAACCAGCACCAGUGGCUUUGUUCAGAAUCCAACAGUGGUGUGAUACUUGGGACGUUCUGGAUCUUUUUAAGACAGAUUUGACGAAAUUCGAGCCGGAUGUGCUUAGUGAAGAUCAAAAACAAUACCAAUUGUCACUCGAACUAUUCAAAAAGGGAAAAUAUGAGGACAUUAUCAACUUGCUAUCAGCUGAGAACAACUACGCUCCAGCGAUGAUUUUCCGUGGUAAGAUGCUCUGCUACAGUAUGGAUCCAAAUGAGGCAACGAGAUACGUGGAUAAGAAUGAGGCGAGAAUCAACGAAAUGAUCGGAAACGAGGAAAAUGAGGAGAGAAAGAAGCUGAUGAGAGAUGCGUUUGAUGUGUUGAAAAUUGAAUUGAUGUACACAAUGGAAAUUCCUACAAUCUCUUCCAACAGACGACAAAGAACGCCUCUUCAAACUCAAUUCCUUCGCCGCUGUCUUUGUGGUAAUCCUAACUUUCCUUUUCAAAAUCAAAUAAAUAUAAAUUUUCAGUACAAUGGAUGUGUGCUUGACACCACUUGCAGCACAGAUGAUGGCAGACACCCUACCUCGAGAAUGAAUUCUCUUCAGAACAACGCGAAUCGUCUUCUCGAAGAAGCCGCCAAGCACGGAACUCUCACACCACAUCUCACUAUGAUCGCCGCUUUCCUCAAACUUUGCACUUGUGAGGAUUAUGGAGACGUUCAUCGGAGAAUUCGGGAAAUGGAAGAGCUCACCGAACAACGGUCGACCCAUUUCAACUUGAUUCUUAUGUCCAAAGUCUACAUGAUGACUAAUAAUGCAGAGAGUUCGGAGAAGUUGCUCAACGAGGCGGCGAAGAUCAAAACGAGAUAUUUGGUACCGAGUAGACAUCUUCAGACGGCGGAUCUUCACGUACACAAACCGGAAGACGAACGUCUUCGUUUGACAACCGCCAGUGCGAAUGCCGCGUUGGAAGUGGAUCCAUUCAACUUCUCGGCUCAUGUCCUUCAUUUACUAGGAACCAAUGGACCAGAACCAUACAUUAAGAAAUCCAACUACGACCAAGCUAUGGAAUCAAUCCGAAAAGCGGCACUUUUCGCCCCACCAAGAGAACUUUUGAUGCUAAAACGAAUGAUUCCACUGAUGAAUGCCAAAAAGCGAGCAGCCGAGAUGCUCGAUAUGUACUAA